AUGUCUUUAAAUGGGUUGGACGAUGCGAAAGUAAAAGAGGCCCACGAGGCCGCCGUCGCCGAGCCUGGAGGAUGGUUCCUCCUCAAGUAUGCGAGUCGCGACGAGGUCGAGCUCCUCGGCCGUGGCACCGGCGGCAUAGUUGAUAUUCGCGGGUUAAUUGCGAAAUACGACGAGGUAUCGCCACUGUAUGGCUUCCUCAGGUACAGGCGGAGGAAUGUCAUAUUGAAGUACUUGCCUGAAGAAUGCUCGAGGCUUGUUCAAGUGCAUUUUAAUGCAGUCUGUGAGCGGUUUGCGCCAUACGACACUACCUUCGAAAUCUCGACGGCCAAGGAUCUCAAGGACAGUAAGCUCUCGGCUGCAUGCUCGCUGCAUGCCGCUUCGGGGUCGGCAUCGUCGUCGACGAGUUCUCUACGUCGGCGGCGACUGAACGAGAUCGCCGAGGAAGAGGAGGAAGAGGAAAGGGAGAGGAAAAGACAGUCGGUAGUGAAGGAGGAGGAGAAGACUGGAUCACCAGACUCGGCACCUCGUACGCCUACGUCCCCCGAGCGUGCCGCGAUUCUCAACCGUGAGCAGCUAUCCACCCCACAAGAAACCAACUUUGCGUCGACGAGCGACGUUCCGGAAUUUACGGGGGCCGAGAGGCCGACUUCGUCUGCAAGAUCCGAAGCUGCUCCGCGCUUGUCAUCCCAGUCUACACGUGCCGAAUCAUACCACUAUACAGGUUACACCUACGGCAAGCCCAAGGUGAAACUCGGGCCGCGGCCGUCUUUAGACGUCAAUAAGAGACCCUCCACGGCAGGAAACUUCCGGCCCAUCGCGGCCAUCCCGGCGCGGUUCAAGUUCUCGAGGGGGUCUAAGAAAGGAAAUCCAGAGAAGGCCGAGAAGGUGGAAGAAGCUGUGCAGGACACCCCGGACAUCCAUCUUGUGCCGUCCGCGCCCGUCCCAAAACCUGCGCAGGAAGACGCACACGAAUUGCCGCAACGACCAGCUACGAGCUCGGGGGCGUCCGCAAAGUCGACCACUGCGUCGCCGAAUGCUGCGACAAAAGAAACUAAGAUGACAGCUGAGAAGGCACGGUUGAUGAAGGCUAUGAAGCUGAGAGAGAAGAAGAUGAACGCGGCAAACAGGAUAGUAGUACCAGAGCCGACGGCUGCGGAUGUCGCUUUGACGAAUGGGAAGGAAGACGACGAAAGUCGCGAAUCCGAUGCUUCUCUGCCUGUCCAAGGGGAUGUCGGUCAUCGUGCAGUGUCCAAAGCGGAUUCAGGCAUUGCCAUUGACCCACCCACGCCAAUGACGAUCCACACCGAAGACACAGUGUCGGAUUCUCGCCCGGGUUCCCCGACUGCUGCCACUUCGUCGGAAAUAGGUAUAUCCACUAGGGCCUCGUCUCUCUCUGAAUCGACGGGCGAGACCAUCCACGCGACCGGGGACGCGGGUGAGGAACACGAAAGAGCGGUGUCCCAGGGGGCACCCAAAGGACCUCGAGAAAUGGAGAAUGGGUCCGAACACUCUGAAAGAUCUCAAUCUCCAGCACAAGACACCGCUGUCUCAAUUGAGGAGAAUAACAACGUUGAGGAAUCCCACAAAAUUCCAGAGCCCAACUGCCCGCCACCUACUGCUACCAUCACCACCACUUCUACCACUACCGCCAUCACCACAACCGCUGCUAUCGCUGCUACCACUGUAGCAGCGGGCGCGCCACCGGACGCGGCCAUCCAAGACUCGAUAGACGUAGCCGAUUCUACCAACACUGCCUCCCAUAUCGAUGCAGUAGGCAUUGACCAAUCUCAGGGUGAGGACGACGCGCCGAAGUCGCCAUGGGGAUUGCCCAUCUCGAAGUUUUCCACCAAUGACCCUAAGAGCUCGUCCUCGCAGAAAUCACCAACGACUCCGAGUCUCAGAUCGAAGUUUUCUAUUCCAGACCUUUCUGUUACUUCGGAGCCCGUUCCUUCGCUGCCUGGCAACGUGUCUGUGGAGCCCUCUGCAGACGCCGCAAGCAAGCUAACCCAAGACGAAUUGCCCCAGACGACGAGCCCGGAGACCCAUCCUCAGAAGCGGAAGAACGCGGUCGGUCCUAUCCGAACCGACCUAACCAAGACGGCGUCUCAUCCUGAAGCCUCCGAUCCUCUCCUCGACGAUGCCCUAAUGGACGAGCUACAGUCAGCGACGGUGGAGGAGGCCAAGCCUAUGCUUGUGUCCAAGUCGCCCAUCACGCCCGUCUUUCCGAACGCCAACCCCCUUCGGCCGGCCUCGGCAUUAUCUCGCGCGGUCUCGAAUCCGAUGCGCGGUCCUCUUCUCACACCGAAUGAUGUGUCACAGAGCACUGCUAGGAGUGUCUCGGCGGGUGGUGCGGCAUUUUUACAUACGAUUACUCGUCAGACAUCAAACGCUGGUCUCCAGGCUAAGAAGAGCAACCUAGGGUCGAGUAUCUCGCAAAGAAUCAAAGCUCUGGAGAAGCUUUCCAGCGCCACCGCCCCCGAGGAUGGCCGCCCGAAAACCGCGACUCCGUCGUCAUCCUUCUUCGGUAUCCGCAAGCCUAGCGUCAGAGAUCCGUCGAAAUCCCCCUCCGUGGUAAACCGUGCGACUUCCUUGACGCAGCAGACGCCGACGCCCGAGCCCUCGAGGGAGGCCACGCCCGAGACCCCGGGGAUAGUCGGUCGAGAACGAUCCCGGUCGGUGGCCAACAGGCUUUCCAUGUUCGAGAAUCCAUCGCAGGGUCUACUGUUGCCGGGUUUACCCCGAGGCCGACCAGAAUCCGUCCAAGUAACCGCGAGAAUCAUUCGUGAUUCUGGUCCGCUUACACCUAACAGGUCAGAAGCGAAUAGCAGCGGGGAGUAUCCGCAAACUGAAUUAAAACAGUCGCCGCUGGUUGUCGACCUCCAGCGGGCAGAUGCGUCCGAAUCCAUCGUGCCGGACGAACAACCCGCGCCGGCCGUAUCGCCGAAGGCAACUAUUCAGGAGAGGCGCGACAGGAAGUCGAUAUCUGACGACACCGAUAAGAAGCGUCGCCGAUCCUCCUUAAGCAUAGUGCGAGACUUCAUCAAAGACCGUCGUACCUCGACCGCUAGCAAGUCGACCGAUAAUCUGGCGAUGCUGUCUCCGGCGUCGACCGGGGCCAAGUCGCCGAGCCGGCCUCCUUCUGCCCACCAGACCCCCAGCUCCUUCGCGCGGCGCCUAUCGAUCUCGAGCCGGCGCUCGUCGGUCAGCCGUGAGCGAGACGGUUCGGCGACGUCUAUCGCUUCGCCCGUGGUCUUGAGCGACAGCGGGUCGGGCGAGGAGGAUAAGAACGGCAGCGAAAAGAAGGCUAAGAAGCGGGCCACCCGGUUUAUGCGACGCCUGUCAAACUCGCUGGGCGGCGGCGGAAACCGCAAGAAUUCGAGCCCGCACAUCUCGCCCACGGUGGCGGAGGAAGAUGCCGACCAAGUGGCGGCCGCUUCGGUGACGGAGGUGGCCGCCUCCCCUCAGCUUGCGGUCGUGGCAUACAUGGGCGACGUCAACGUGCAGUUCCCGGACAAUCUGCUGUGGAAGCGUCGCAGCAUGUGCCUGGAUGCGCAGGGUUUCCUGAUCCUGAGCGCCGUCCAAGGUGUCGCGGCCAACGGCAAGGACAAGGCGAUGGGCGCGGGUGUGAAGCGGUACCACCUCGGCGAUUUCCGCAAGCCCUACAUUCCGGACGUGGAAGUACAGGAGCUGCCGAACAGCGUCGUGCUGGACCUCACGGAGGGGUCUUGCCUGCAGAUUGCCUGCGGCGACCGGGCCGGACAGAUGAACGUGCUACAAGCUCUCCAAGAGGCGUACCAAAGUCACGGCGCAUUCGGGCAAUAA